AGCCGCCAUCAUUCAUACAAAAAUUACCAAAAUCAAAGACGGUUUCCGAAGGAGCACAGGUUAUAUUCACCUGUAAUGCUACUGGAUCMCCAGUCCCUUCAACCGUAUGGUACAAAGAUGGUCAAGAACUGGCAGGAAGGAACUCGAUGUACCAAAUCGCUAACGACAACAGAACAUUGACGAUAACGAAAGUCGACAGAGAUGAUCAAGGAAUCUACUCGUGUAGCGUUUCUAAUUCGAUUGAUCCUAGUUUAUCAUCGUCGGCCAAUCUUACUGUCAACUAUCCAUCAAAAAUAUUCUCAGAGUCACUUACUGAUAAAACAUCAAAUGAAGAAGACAGUAUGACCUUGACAUGCUACUUGGAAGGCAAACCAUUAUCUAAUGUAACCUGGUUCAAAGAGGGUCACGCAAUCAUACCUGCAAAUGACAACAGAAUAUCUGUCUCUCCACCWACCUCAGUCAGUAAUACCAGUGCUUCAAUUACUAUUACUGGAGUGAACCGUACUGACGAGGGCUACUAUUCCUGUCAGGCUGUAAAUGAUGUCGGUAAUGAUACCUCAUCUGGARCAUUGUUGACAGUCAACUAUCCUCCCAAGAUAUUGGUCCCCCCAACAAGCCAAACAGUAGUCGAGACAACCAGUCUAUCACUGAAGUGCUACUUGGAAGGGAAACCACUUUCUAAUGUAUCCUGGUUCAAAGAUGGUCACGCAAUCAUACCUGCGAAAGACAACAGAAUAUCUGUAUCUCCACCCACCUCAGUCACUAAUACCAGUGCUACGAUUACUGUUACUAACGUCAACCGUACUGACGAGAGCUACUAUUCCUGUCAGGGUGUGAAUGGUGUUGGCAAUGAUACCUCAUCUGGAACAUUGCUGACAGUCAACUAUCCUCCCAAGAUAUUGGUCCCCCCAACAAGCAAAACAGUAGUCGAGACAACCAGUCUAUCACUGAAGUGCUACUUGGAAGGGAAACCAGUAUCUAAUGUAAUCUGGUUCAAAGAUGGUCAGACAAUCAUACCUGCUAAUGGCAACAGAAUAUCUGUCUCUCCACCCACCUCAGUCAGUAAUAGCAGUGCUACGAUUACUAUUACUAAUGUGAGCCGUACUGACGAGGGCAGCUAUUUUUGUCAGGCGGUGAAUGGUGUUGGUAAUGAUUCGUCAGUUCAAGCAUCACUGACGGUAAACUAUCCUCCCAAGAUAUUGGUCCCUCCAACGACCCAAACAGUAGUCGAGACAAGCAGUCUNUCACUGAAGUGCUACUUGGAAGGCAAACCAGUAUCUAAUGUAAUCUGGUUCAAAGAUGGUCAGACAAUCAUACCUGCUAAUGACAACAGAAUAUCUGUMUCUYCACCCACCUCAGUCAGUAAUAGCAGUGCUACGAUUGCUAUUGCUAACGUGAACCGAACUGACGAGGGCAGCUAUUUUUGUCAGGCKGUGAAUGGUGUUGGUAAUGAURCUUCACUUCAAGCAUCACUCUCAGUCAACUGCAAGCCUCGAAUUACGAAGCCGUUAACCACCAACAAAACAGUCGUUGAAGGCAAAAAUGUUUCUUUCGUUUGCCAAUACGAUGGACGUCCUAAACCGAAAGUGAAGUGGCUCAAAGAUAAUAUUGAGAUAAAACCUCGUGAACAAGACUCAAGUCGACUGACCAUAUCAGGUGAUGGAAACACGAUGACUAUCAACAAAGCAAGCAAAUAUGAUGAAGGUCGMUACGAAUGUCGAGUAACAAAUGACUUGGGAUACGAUAUUUCUUACAAGCCAAAAAUCCUACAAUCCCCACCACAUUCAGUCAAAAAUGAAAAGGAAUCAGUAACACUKAGCUGURAAUUUGAAGGAAAGCCAUUUCCUUYGGUGACCUGGMUGRAGAAUGGCCAAGAAAUGGAUACAAAUUCAACUGGUAGAAUAUCAAGUACUGUGAGCCACACAAMACAAGACGAAUACAUUGGAACAGCCAAGCUUCAGAUAUCCAUGUUGAGACGAGAAGACCAAGGAAAUUUUUCAUGCUCUACUAAAAAUAAAAUCAAUUCGUCUUUAUCCAAAGAGGGAUUUUUGGAAAUUAGAUAUCCCCCGGUCAUCUUUUCAUCACCAAGUAACAUCACCAAAAAUGAAUCAGACCAAGUACAACUCUCUUGUACCAUGGAGGGGAACCCUAAGCCCACAGUUUCCUGGCAAAAGAAUGGUCAUAUCCUAGAUCCAAACGAAGACAAGAGAAUUAAACUCCAAACAAUAGGAAACGCCUCACUUUGGGAGUCCACGAUAACAAUARAGAGUGUAAAAGAUACAGACGAUGGUAGUUACUGCUGCGUGGCCACGAAUGCUGCAACCAAGAAGACAGUUUCU